AAAAUUCCGCGGUCACACUGCUCUGCCUGCCUCCACAACAAACAAUAAAUUCAACAUAUUUGGAAUAUUAAUAUAAUAAAAAAAUAUACAAUAUACACACGCCAGAAUGCACCCAGGACAAAUUGAAGUUAGCGAAAUUACCGGCUACUGGGAAUUCCUAUUGAGCAUCGAUUGGAAGGAUCCGUGGCUGAUUGGAUUGAUUUUGCUGCACCUGCUCACGACCACUACGGCCCUACUCAGCAGGAACCAUUCAAAUAUGCAAGUUGUCCUCUUCCUGGUACUGUUGUCGGCGGUAUAUUUCAGCGAAAGCAUUAACGAGUAUGCGGCCCAUAACUGGAGUUCAUUCUCCAGGCAGCAGUACUUUGACAGCAACGGCCUGUUCAUAUCGACUGUGUUCUCUAUUCCAAUAUUGCUGAAUUGCAUGCUGCUGAUUGGCACAUGGCUAUAUAAUUCCACACAACUGAUGAUUGUACUGAAGACGGCUCAGAUCAGGGAGCGAGUGCGCCAGCAGCGCAGAAACCCGACUGAUGUGGAACCGGUGGACACUGGGGUCAACCCACGCCUCAAGGCCGAGUAGCAUUUAAGCAGAGUUAAGGCACAAUACAAUUAAUUUAAAGAGCUGUGAAAACCAUA